UGGAUUGAAGCAACUAAAUUAAGAACAAUAUGGCAUCUUCAAUCCAAAGUACCCAAACCUCAUUCUAUGUAACAGUUCUAUCCAUUUCCUUAGCAUCAUUCUUUUUCUUCCAAGUGAACUCAACUCAAACCGAAACCACUUCCUUUUCCAUCCCCAACUUUGUCUCAAACCAACCAAAUCUAAUCUUCCAAGGCGAUGCCUAUGCCACAAACGAAAAAUUGACACUGACCAAGGCAGCAAAAUCCCAAGUUGGUAGAGCUCUCUAUUCUGCACCUAUCCAUAUUUGGGAUAGCAGAACCGGCAACGUUGCUGAUUUCAUAACUUCGUUCACUUUUGUCAUAACACCAGGUGCAGGAACUGCCGACGGAUUAGCCUUCUUCAUCGCACCUGUAGAUACUAAGCCGCGAACUGGAGGUGGUUAUCUUGGAGUUUUUGAUAGCCAUGAUUAUAAUCAUACUAGUCAAACUGUUGCUGUCGAGUUUGACACUUUCCGAAAUGCCUGGGAUCCGAACAACAGACAUAUUGGAAUCGAUGUUAACUCUGUCCAAUCCAUAAGUACUGCGCCGUGGGUUUUGCUGAAUGGUAGAGAGGCUAAUGUUGUGAUAAGUUUUAAAGCUGCUACUAAUGUGUUAAAUGUUAGUUUGAGUUAUCCCCUUAGAGGAAUAAAUAUCCAUAGUGAUGUUGUGGUUUUAAAGAAUAUUGUUCCUGAGUGGGUAAGGAUUGGUUUGUCAGCUUCCACUGGAUUAGAUUAUGCAGCACAUGAAAUUCUUUCAUGGUCUUUUCAUUCUGAGUUGGUCAGAACUUCAAGUUCUAACCAAGUUGCAGCUGCAUAGUUUUCACUUUUCAGCUUCUCAUCAUCAUGCAUGUUGUGUCAUGUGUGAUGGAUCCAACUUGUAUAAAUAAACUGCACAUGUAUAUGCAGUACUUGUAAUGUUAUUAUGCACGAGACGUGAUGUGUUUAUUAAAUAAA